AAAGACAACCUUCCUAUACAUUGGCAUCGGCACCCGCGCCAAAUCUGCACCUGUUUCUUCUGAAAAAGAGAAACAACAUUUCCCAUAUAGUUUUUUUUUUUUUCCUCUUGCUAUUCACCGAAUAUAGAACGUCGAACAUUCCCGUUUUCCUAGAGAGAGCAAGCGAUGGAAAAUGAUACACAGAUGAAGUUAGUUCCCGGCACUGCCGGUUACGUUCUCGAAGAUGUUCCUCACUUGACUGAUUACCUCCCUGAUCUCCCUAGCUAUCCCAAUCCAUUACAAGAUAAUCCAGCUUAUUCAGUUGUCAAGCAAUAUUUUGUUAAUGUGGAUGAUACCGUCACUCAGAAGAUUGUUGUUCAUAAGGACAGUCCAAGAGGGGUGCAUUUUCGACGUGCAGGACCUCGCCAAAGGGUGUAUUUUGAAUCAGAUGAAGUGCACGCAUGCAUUGUAACAUGUGGUGGUCUAUGCCCCGGGCUCAACACAGUGAUCAGGGAAAUUGUUUGUGGCCUAUGUCACAUGUAUGGUGUCAGAAAAAUUCUUGGAAUAGAUGGAGGCUACAGGGGUUUUUAUGCCAAGAACACUGUCACCUUAACACCUAAUGUUGUAAAUGAUAUCCAUAAACGUGGUGGUACAAUCCUUGGGACAUCAAGAGGGGGUCAUGAUACCUCAAAGAUUGUUGACAGCAUUCAGGAUCAUGGAAUCAAUCAGGUUUAUAUAAUCGGAGGUGAUGGGACACAUCGAGGAGCAGCUGUGAUUUUUGAGGAAAUUAGACAACGUGGCCUCAAAGUAGCAGUUGCUGGAAUUCCCAAGACCAUUGACAAUGACAUUCCGGUUAUUGACAAAUCAUUUGGUUUUGAUACUGCGGUUGAAGAGUCUCAACGUGCCAUUAAUGCGGCACAUGUUGAGGCUGAAAGUAUUGAGAAUGGCAUUGGACUUGUAAAGCUAAUGGGACGCUAUAGUGGUUUCAUUGCAAUGUAUGCUACUCUUGCCAGCCGUGAUGUUGAUUGUUGCUUGAUUCCAGAGUCACCAUUCUAUCUUGAAGGAAGUGGUGGACUUUAUGAAUAUAUUGAAAAACGACUCAAAGAAAAUGGACAUAUGGUUAUUGUGGUAGCUGAAGGUGCAGGACAGGAUCUUCUUUCAGAGAGCUUGCAGUGCAUGGACCAGCAAGAUGCUUCAGGAAACAAGCUUCUUCAAGAUGUUGGGCUGUGGAUCUCUCACAGGAUAAAGGAACAUUUUGCAAAGAAGAAGAUUCCUAUUAAUCUUAAAUAUAUAGAUCCUACAUACAUGAUCCGGGCUAUUCCUAGCAUUGCUUCUGAUAAUGUCUACUGCACCCUACUUGCUCAUAGUGCAGUUCAUGGAGCAAUGGCAGGGUAUUCGGGCUUCACUGUUGGUCCUGUCAAUGGCAGACAUGCUUACAUUCCAUAUAAGCGUAUCAUUGAGAAACAAAACAAGGUUGUCAUUACUGACAGGAUGUGGGCGAGGCUGCUCUCUUCAACUAACCAGCCAAGCUUCUUGAACCCCAGAGAUAUUGCUGAAGCCAAGAAAGAGAAAAAACCUGCAACAGGCUUGUAGGAUGGCGAAAAUUGUAAUGGCAGAAAGUCAAUGACUGACGACAGUCCUUGUAUGGUAUGAAAGCUGCAUCAGAUAGUGUCAUGUUCACUACCAUCUUUCAUAGACAGUCUAUGUACCACCAUUCAUAUUUAGCACUCUACCAUCUCUAAUCAUUCGGUUAGCAUGAAUGUGGGUUUCAGCUGUUGAAAUCGAGUACUUACUCUGCUGUUUUAUGAAUUGCUUAUAGUUAGAAAUUUUGGUGGUGGUGCUUUAACAUUGAGAAACUAUUAGUUGCUCACAAGGGUCUUUCAGUUGGAAAUGUAUGAUCAACUAAUCCAUAUUGCCAUGGAAGUCGAAAGUACUGAUCAGGUUGCAUUGUCUCUCGUCUUCCUUUGUA